AUGAUUCAAAGCUCGAGAUCUCCACUGAUUCAAGGGCUUCUAUUGGUGACAAACUGCCAGCCUACAGAAUCAACAACUACAACUUCGAGAACAUCUGCCGAGACAACUACAACUGUCACAUCUACAAUUACAGAAGUACCAACUACAACUGUCACAUCUACAGAAGUACCAACUACAACUGACACAUCUACAACUACAGAAGUGCCAACUACAACUGUCACAUCUACAACUACAGAAGUACCAACUACAACUGCCCUACCUACAACUACAGAAGUGCCAACUACAACUGUCACAUCUACAACUACAGAAGUACCAACUACAACUGCCCUACCUACAACUACAGAAGUGCCAACUACAACUGUCACAUCUACAACUACAGAAGUACCAACUACAACUGUCAUAUCUACAACUACAGAAGUACCAACUACAACUGUCCCACCUACAACUACAGAAAAGAACCAACUACAACUGUCACACCUACAACUACAGAAAAGUACCAACUACAACUGUCACAUCUACAACUACAGAAGUACCAACUACAACUGUCACAUCUACAACUACAGAAGUACCAACUACAACUGCCCCACCUACAACUACAGAAGUACCAACUACAACUGCCCCACCUACAACUACAACUGCCCCACCUACAACUACAACUGUCCCAUCUACAACUACAACUGCCCCACCUACAACUACAGAACCACAAACUACAACUGCCCCAGCUACAACUACAGAAGUACCAACUACAACUGUCACAUCUACGACUACAGAAGUACCAACUACAACUGCCUCACCUACAACUACAGAACUACCAACUACAACUGUCCCAUCUACAACUACAGAAGUACCAACUACAACUGUCACAUCUACAACUACAGAAGUACCAACUACAACUGUCACACCUACAACUACAGAACUACCAACUACAACUGUCCCAUCUACAACUACAGAAGUACCAACUACAACUGUCCCAUCUACAACUACAGAAGUACCAACUACAACUGCCCCAACUACAACUACAGAAGUACCAACUACAACUGUCCCAUCUACAACUACAGAAGUACCAACUACAACUGUCCCAUCUACAACUACAGAAGUACCAACUACAACUGCCCCACCUACAACUACAGAAAAGUACCAACUACAACUGCCCCAUCUACAACUACAGAAGUAACAACUACACCUGCCCCACCUACAACUACAAAAAAGUACCAACUACAACUAUUCCACCUACAACUACAGAAGUACCAACUACAACUGCCCCGUCUACAACUACAAAAAAGUACCAACUACAACUGUCCCACCUACAACUACAAAAGCACCAACUACAACUAUUCCACCUACAACUACAGAAGUACCAACUACAACUGCCCCACCUACAACUACAAAAGUACCAACUACAACUGCCCCACCUACAACUACAAAAGCACCAACUACAACUAUUCCACCUACAACUACAGAAGUACCAACUACAACUGUCACACCUACAACUACAGGAGUACCAACUACAACUGCCCCCUCUACAACUACAGAAGUACCAACUACAACUGCCCCACCUACAACUACAGAAGUACCAACUACAACUGUCCCACCUACAACUACAAAAGCACCAACUACAACUAUUCCACCUACAACUACAGAAGUACCAACUACAACUGCCCCACCUACAACUACAAAAGUACCAACUACAACUGCCCCACCUACAACUACAAAAGCACCAACUACAACUAUUCCACCUACAACUACAGAAGUACCAACUACAACUGUCACACCUACAACUACAGGAGUACCAACUACAACUGCCCCCUCUACAACUACAGAAGUACCAACUACAACUGCCCCACCUACAACUACAGAAAAGUGCCAACUACAACUGCCACACCUACAACUACAGAAGCACAAACUACAACUGUCCCACCUACAACUACAGGAGUACCAACUACAACUGCUCCAUCUACAACUACCAAAGUACCAACUACAACUGCCCCACCUACAACUACAAAAGUACCAACUACAACUGCCCCACCUACAACUACAAAAGUACCAACUACAACUGCCACACCUACAACUACAACAGUACCAACUACAACUGCCCCAUCUACAACUACAAAGGUACCAACUACAACUGCCCCACCUACAACUACCAAAGUACCAACUACAGCUGCUAAACAAAGAACUGUUAGUUAUUUCUUUAUUAUAAGAAUGAAUCUUCAAUUUAUAUCGGAUUAUAAUAAUUCUUCAUCUGAAAAAUACAAGGAGCUCAGUGAGAAGAUCAGAUUUUAUGCGCUACAACUCAUUCAAAGGACGUUGUUUGGCUGCACCGGUGUCACUGUAUACGGCUUCAGGAAAGGUUCCACCAUCGCCAACACUUCCGCAGAAUUCCUGAAUGACAAUCAAACUGACAUGGGAGUGCAGGAAACAUUUGAUAGGAAUGCCAUGGAUGAUAACAGCACCUUGGGGGGCAUUCCUCUCUCCUUUGAAAACACAACAACUCCAGCACCCCCGACUACAACAGCAUCUAUGAUGACCACAGCGCUGACUACAACUGCAGCAUCCACAACUACAGAAGCAUCAACAGCCUCACCUACAACAGAGGUACCAACUACUACCGUCCCACCUACAACAACAGAACUACCAACUACUACCGUCCCACCUACAACUACAACUGCACCGCCUACAACAACAGAACUACCAACUACUACCGUCCCACCUACAACAACAGAACUGCCAACUACUACCAUCCCACCUACAACAACAGAACUACCAACUACUACCAUCCCACCUACAACAACAGAGGUACCAACUACUACCGUCCCACCUACAACAACAGAACUACCAACUACUACCGUCCCACCUACAACUACAGAAGUGCCAACUACAACUGCCUCACCUACAACUACAGAAGUGCCAACCACAACUGCCCCACCUACAACUACAGAAGUGCCAACUACAACUGUCCCACCUACAACAACAGAAGUACCAACUACUACCAUCCCACCUACAACAACAGAAGUACCAACUACUACCGUCCCACCUACAACAACAGACGUGCCAACUACAACUGCCCCAUCUACAAUUAGAGAAGUAUCAACUACAACUGCCCCACCUACAACUACAGAAGUGCCAACUACAACUGCACCGCCUACAACUACAGAAGGACCAACUACAACUGCCUCACCUACAACUACAGAAGGACCAACUACAACUGCCCCACCUACAACUACAGAAGUGCCAACUACAACUGCCCCACCUACAACUACAGAAGUACCAACUACAACUGCCCCACCUACAACUACACAAGUACCAACUACAACUGCCUCACCUACAACUACAGCAGUACCAACUACAACUGCCCCACCUACAACUACAGAAGUACCAACUACAACUGUCCUACCUACAACUACAGAAGUACCAACUACAACUGCCCCACCUACAACUACACAAGUACCAACUACAACUGCCCCACCUACAACUACAGAAGUACCAACUACAACUGCCUCACCUACAACUACAAAAGUACCAUCUACAAGUGCCCCAUCUACGACCACAGAAGUACCAACUACAACUGCCUCACCUACAACUACAGAAGUGCCAACUACAACUGCACCGCCUACAACUACAGAAGGACCAACUUCAACUGCCUCACCUACAACUACAGAAGUGCCAACUACAACUGCACCGCCUACAACUACAGAAGGACCAACUACAACUGCACCGCCUACAACUACAGAAGGACCAACUACAACUGCCUCACCUACAACUACAGCAGUACCAACUACAACUGCCCCACCUACAACUACAGCAGUACCAACUACAACUGCCCCACCUACAACUACAGAAGUACCAACUACAACUGCCCCACCUACAACUACAGAAGUACCAACUACAACUGCCUUGCCUACAACUACAGCAGUACCAACUACAACUGCCCCACCUACAACUACAGAAGUGCCAACUACAACUGCCCCACCUACAACUACAGCAGUACCAACUACAACUGCCUUGCCUUCAACUACAGAAGUGCCAACUACAACUGCCUCACCUACAACUACAAAAGUACCAUCUACAAGUUCCCCAUCUACAACCACAGAAGUACCAACUACAACUGCCCCACCUACAACUACAGAAGGACCAACUUCAACUGCCUCACCUACAACUACAGAAGUGCCAACUACAACUGCCUUGCCUACAACUACAGAAGUGCCAACUACAACUGCCUCACCUACAACUACAAAAGUACCAUCUACAACUGACCUACCUACAACUACAAAAGUGCCAACUACAACUGCCCCACCUACAACUACAGGAGUACCAACUACAGCUGCACCGCCUACAACUACAGCAGUACCAACUACAACUGCCCCACCUACAACUACAGAAGUGCCAACUACAACUGCCCCACCUACAACUACAGCAGUACCAACUACAACUGUCCCACCUACAUCUACAGAAGUACCAACUACACCUGCCCCACCUACAACUACAGAAGGACCAACUACAACUGCCCCACCUACAACUACAGCAGUACCAACUACAACUGCCUCACCUACAACUACAGCAGUACCAACUACAACUGUCACACCUACAACUACAGAAGUACCAACUACACCUGCCCCACCUACAACUACAGCAGUACCAACUACAACUGCCCCACCUACAACUACAGCAGUACCAACUACAACUGCCUCUCCUACAACUACAGCAGUACCAACUACAACUGCCCCACCUACAACUACAGCAGUACCAACUACAACUGCCCCACCUAUAACUACAGAAGUGCCAACUACAAUUGCCCCACCUACAACUACAGAAGUGCCAACUACAACUGCCCCACCUUCAACUACAGCAGUACCAACUACAACUGCCCCACCUACAACUACAGAAGUGCCAACUACAACUGCCACACCUACAACUACAGAAGUGCCAACUACAACUGCCCCACCUACAUCUACCGCAGUACCAGCUACAACUGCAGCACAAUCUACAACUGCCCCACCUACAACUAGAGCAGUACCAACUACAACUGCCCCACCUACAACUACACAAGUACCAACUACAACUGCACCGCCUACAACUACAGAAGUAUCAACUACAACUGCCUCACCUACAACUACAGAAGUGCCAACUACAAGUGCCCCACCUACAACUACAGAACUACCAACUACUACCGUCCCACCUACAUCUGCAGAAGUACCAACUACAACUGCCCCACCUACAACUACAGCAGUACCAACUACAACUGCCCCACCUACAACUACAGCAGUACCAACUACAAGUGCCCCACCUACAACUACAGAGGCAUCAACUACAACUGUCCCACCUACAUCUACAGAAGUAUCAACUACAACUGCCCCACCUACAUCUACCGCAGUACCAGCUACAACUGCAGCACAAUCUACAACUGCCCCACCUACAACUACAGAAGUACCAACUACAACUGCCCCACCUACAACUACAGAAGUACCAACUACAACUGCCCCAUCUACAACUACAGAAGUAACAACUACACCUGCCCCACCUACAACUACAGAAGUAUCAACUACAACUGCCCCACCUACAUCUGCAGAAGUACCAACUACAAGUGCCCCACCUAUAACUACACAAGUAUCAGCUACAACUUCAGCACCAACAACUACAGCAUUGCCAAGUACAAAUGCAACUGCACCAAUUACAGUGACAGCAGCGCUGGCAACUGCAGUACCAACAACAGCAGCACCUUCACCAGCUAAAACUACAGCAGCACCGCCUACAAUUGCACCAACGAUAUAUACAGCAGCACUGACAUCGGAAAAAUCAACAGUUACAGCAGCACUGACAACUGCAAAACCAACAGCUCCAGCAGCACUGACAACUGCAAAACCAACAGCUACAGAAGCACUGACAACGGCAAAACCAACAGCUACAGCAGCACUGACAACGGCAAAAUCAACAGCUACAGCAGCACUGACAACUGCAAAACCAACAGCUACAGCAGAACUGACAACGGCAAAACCAACAGCUACAGCAGCACUGACAACGGCAAAAUCAACAGCUACAGCAGCACUGACAACUGCAAAACCAACAGCUACAGCAGAACUGACAACUGCAAAACCAACAGCUACAGCAGCACUGACAACUGCAAAACCAACAGCUACAGCAGCACUGACAACUGCAAAACCAACAGCUACAGAGGCGCUGACAACUGCAAAACCAACAGCUACAGAAGCACUGACAACGGCAAAACCAACAGCUACAGCAGCACUGACAACGGCAAAACCAACAGCUACAGCAGCACUGACAACGGCAAAAUCAACAGCUACAGCAGCACUGACAACUGCAAAACCAACAGCUACAGAAGCACUGACAACGGCAAAACCAACAGCUACAGCAGCACUGACAACUGCAAAACCAACAGCUACAGCAGCACUGACAACGGCAAAAUCAACAGCUACAGCAGAACUGACAACUGCAAAACCAACAGCUACAGCAGCACUGACAACUGCAAAACCAACAGCUACAGAAGCACUGACAACGGCAAAACCAACAGCUACAGCAGCACUGACAACGGCAAAAUCAACAGCUACAGCAGCACUGACAACUGCAAAACCAACAGCUACAGAAGCACUGACAACGGCAAAACCAACAGCUACAGAAGCACUGACAACGGCAAAAUCAACAGCUACAGCAGCACUGACAACGACAAAAUCAACAGCUACAGCAGCACUGACAACUGCAAAACCAACAGUUACAGAAGCACUGACAACUGCAAAACCAACAGUUACAGCAGCACUGACAACUGAAAAACCAACAGCUACAGCUGCACUGACAACUGCAAAACCAACAGCUACAGAAUCACUGACAACUGCAAAACCAACAGCUACAGCAGCACUGACAACUGCAAAACCAACAGCUACAGAGGCGCUGACAACUGCAAAACCAACAGCUACAGAAGCACUGACAACGGCAAAACCAACAGCUACAGCAGCACUGACAACGGCAAAAUCAACAGCUACAGCAGAACUGACAACUGCAAAACCAACAGCUACAGCAGCACUGACAACUGCAAAACCAACAGCUACAGAAGCACUGACAACGGCAAAACCAACAGCUACAGCAGCACUGACAACGGCAAAAUCAACAGCUACAGCAGCACUGACAACUGCAAAACCAACAGCUACAGAAGCACUGACAACGGCAAAACCAACAGCUACAGAAGCACUGACAACGGCAAAAUCAACAGCUACAGCAGCACUGACAACGGCAAAAUCAACAGCUACAGCAGCACUGACAACUGCAAAACCAACAGUUACAGAAGCACUGACAACUGCAAAACCAACAGUUACAGCAGCACUGACAACUGAAAAACCAACAGCUACAGCAGCACUGACAACUGCAAAACCAACAGCUACAGAAUCACUGACAACUGCAAAACCAACAGCUACAGGAGCACUGACAACUGCAAAACCAACAGUUACAGCAGCACUGACAACUGAAAAACCAACAGCUACAGCAGCACUGACAACUGCAAAACCAACAGCUACAGAAUCACUGACAACUGCAAAACCAACAGCUACAGCAGCACUGACAACUGGAAAACCAACAGCAUUGGCAGCAACAACAAGAGAACGAACCAUAAACACAAUACCAACAACAAGGCCAGCAACUAGACCAAUAGUCUAUAGUUAUUUCUUUUUUAUAUUAUUGGAUCUGCCAUUCAUAGAAGAAUACACAAACCCUUCAUCCAAUGAAUACAAGGAGCUCAGUACAAAGAUCAGGAAACAAGCGUACUUAUUGCUUGUUCGAUUAAUGCCUGACUGUAUUGGUGUCACCGUAUACUCCUUCAGACGAGGCUCGUUCUCCAACGUGCAGAAAAGAAACAUAGAAAGUCCAAGUGUUACCGAUGUCGUCUGUUCAGCAGAGUUCCCGAAGAACACUCAUAGCGAUGCCGAGACGCAGCGCAACUUUGAUGUGAUUGCCAAAAUCAAUGGCGACGUCUUGGGGGAUAUAAGGAUCCAUGCUACAAACACAACUGCUCCAGAUGCCGCUGUUGUGGAUGGCACAAUCCCAGGCUAUGCCAUUGCCCUUCUUGUCAUCGUGAGUGUAUUAGUGGUUACUGUUGUUCUUCUCACCUAUAUUGUGGCGUACACCAGAUCCUUUUCAUACUCCUUUAACACCGGAUUCUGAAUCGGUCAUUGAGAUAAUCUGCAAGGUUUACAUGUGAACUUUUGGAACUAAAAGUUAUGGACGUCACUGUGAAGAUCCCAUAAUGAGGAACUAUAAUGAGGAUCUCAAGUAAUGCAGCCUGUGCCAACUAUCCCAGUUCUGAUUUCUGGAUCCCCCAGGAAAACACAAGAGAUGGCCGGAUCCAUAGAAGAGAUACACACCCAGUACAAUGCAAUACCGUGUAUCUGUAUAUCCAGGGUCAGAGUCGCUGUAAACCGCCUAUUUAUAAAACAUUUGAUGGAUGAAUGUCAAACACAUUAAUGCAGGCUGCAAGAAUUCUGGCUGUAAUUUCUGUAAUAGAAUAAUCCCUAUGAUCGUUAGCGCCAUCUUGUGGCCGAAAUGCAGUAUAUUCUCUUUCCAAGGUAUUUCAGAAAACAAUAACACAUUUUAGAAACUUAGAUGGAGAUGACAUCAGUGUUAAUUUUUUUUGUUGUUUACAAACGGUUUAUUGAAAAAUUAGUCUCAAUACAGUUUAAUUUUGACAUCAAAUUUCGAUUUAGUUUUACGUAAACGGCAUAGCUAAAUCCGACGGGCGCAAGUACGUUCGUGA